AUGAAUCAUUAUUGUACUCGUGUUGUAAUUCACGAUAGUAGAGCUACUACUACUACUACUACUACUACUACUACUACUACUACUACUACUACUACUACUACUACUGAUAAUAAUAAUAAUAAUAAUAAUUACAAUAAUGAACAACAGGUUUUCAAUAUUAUCACUUGUGCAUGUUUUGCUAUAUAUUUUAUGGAUAUCUAA